GAAAGUACCUCCCUGUAUACUUCGAGGAAAGCUGCCCUUUGGUGACAAUUGUUUGAGGGGGACCAUUGAAUCUGAGAACAAAAGGCUCUCGAGCCGCGAUUAUCUUGUCAGUUUUUGUCGACAUGCCAUAACGAAAAGAGGAUUUAAAAGAGAUACAUUCGCUCUCUUGCAUCAAAGCGUAUAUAGGCCUACUGCGAAAGCUAGAGAGGUAAAACAUACACGACUUAGAAAUUGUUAUGCAGCCGAUUUUUAACGUUUUCAUGUUCCUGUAAUCGUCAUCGUCAUCAAUUUCUUCAUCAAUCUAUGUUGUCACAGUGGACUUCUUCAGACUUCAAACCAAAAGAUUGACGUCUCACAGACGAUGACGACUGAAAGAAGCAUUUCGCUGUUUGCAGCCUUCAAGGCGAUCAUCGUCCGGCUCGUCUACGCUGCCAACGGCAUCGUUCUGACGUUCUUCGUUCAUAACGUCUUAAAGGAGGACAGAGUCUUCCUCAUCAAUGCCCUUCUCAUACCAUCGAUGAUCGAAGUCGCCAUCACUCUCAAAUACAAGAAGAAAGGGGAAUGGACAUGGUUCAUACCGAGCGUGUUCAUUUACCUCCUGUGGGUGGUACCCUGUAUCAUCGUCCUUGAAAUCUACGCUCUGACCUUCAGGAAACACGUCGUGAGUGCCACAGGGAUGUCAACGUGUCCUAUCGUGUUCUAUGACGAAUGUCGCACAGCGGUGGUUGAGGCGAUUGAAGCAGAGGCCGAUACGCAUGUAGCGCAGGACAGCGUCUUAGGAACCAACUUCACAGGCCAUGUGCUCGACCCGGCAACGCAUGACUUGAGUCGGCGCUACUCCAUGCUCUCCCAGCAAAUCAUGAUGUUAAUCAUCAUCUUUGGUAGAUGGAUGGCACCCAAAGGAAAGCUAUCACGUGAUCAACUUUCCAGUCUCCUAUUGGCUCUGACAGCAAUGUCACUGGACAUGUUGGAAUUCUCGACAGACAGUCUGAGCAUCGAGGCUGUGGCAUGUGACAAAAUCUACGUAGGUUUCAUCAUCGCCGUCUGGUGCUGGAGCCUCUUGCAGAUUCCUCUGGGACUGACCGCUGUGAAGCAGCGAAAACCUCGAGUCGCCGGUACAAUCGAAUCCCGUGACUCCUCCGACGGCACGACCGUAGUCGGAAAAGGGAAAGGUAAUGGCUUUAACUGGAAGGCGUACUGCUGCUGUUGCUGCGAGAGCGAAAUCUGGUCCCUGAUGGUGAGUAUCUUCAUGCAGGACGGCCCCUACCUGAUCCUCCGCCUUUACAUCAUGUUCUCGACAGGUUAUAUCGGAGAGACGCUCAUCUUUUUCGCCGCCAAAAACGCACUCAUUGUCAUGCUGCAGACGUACCGCGUCAUUGUGAAGGUGAACCAAGGUGUGCGUAAGAGGCGUGAAGGCCAAUCUAUAAAGGGUCGUCCAAAUCUACCUGGUGGGAAUUCCCAUCACAUCGUGAAAGCAGAGGGGUUGCAGAUUGGUGGGGGAAGUAACACCGAAAGCGUUGUGGUCACCAUCUCCCGCGAGGGCAGUGAUGUCUCUGAAGAUGGUGCCACAUCCCUAGGCGAGGUCGCACUCCAAGAUGAAGAAGCAAACCGAAGUUCCGAGACUUCCCGAGGACAAGAUGAAUCUCAGAAAGACAUUUUGGAAGACGCGGGUUACCAGGACGUGACCCUUGAAAUAAGCGAAGGAGUGACGCCAGCUACAGAAUGAUGAAAACGUUUGUGAGAAACUGAAUAUUGAUCAAAUACUUCUUCUGCAGAACACCAAACCGUGACAUUAUGGACGGAAUUGUGAAUAAAAUGGUGGUAUUACUGGUUACUAAUUGUAUGAUCGAUGGUGCUAGGCUUGACCAGUAAUACUUCAAGGGAGUGCUGAGGGUUGUCUUCUUAAACAAUUUAUGAGUUAAUUUAUUUAAAACAAACAAUUACCUUGUUCAUCUGUACAAGAACUUUUAGAUUGUACGCCAUCUUAAUGUUGUUUGUCAGAAGAGUAAGAUAAUGUAUUUCAUAUGAUAACGUUACUCUGAAUUAGGCAUUAUUUUAUACAUAAGUUUGAAGUAACUUCAUGCUUUAUAUGUUUUUUUCUGUUUGACAAUCUUCCAUUAUUUGGUAGUAUUUCUUCUUUCCUUUAAAACGUCUUUUGUCUGGCUUAGGGUUUGGGUGUAAUGGUGAGUUAUAUCUUUAAUUUUUGAGGGAGCAAUGAAAGUGAUGAAUGGAAAAAAGAGAGGCGGGCACAGUAUGAAAAUUCACAAGGUUCGAUCCUCGCUCGGUGCUUACAUCCUCGGACAAUUUGUCGACAUUUGUCUCUCUCGACCCAGGUGUAUCAAACAGGUACCUGGUAAUGCAUAUGUAAUAGUGAUUACAGUAAAAGAAGCAUUGUAAUACUGAUAUGGCUA